ACAUCUGUCUCUCGGCCAACCGAGUUAUUCUUGUCACUUUACAGCACAUUUAAGUUUACUUAGCCAGGCAAUCGCUAAGCGCAUUUUAUGGCGUUACUAGGUAGCUUUUCUCGUAAGUGUAAUAGGCAGUGACGCGUCAGAGUUAUUGGCAUUUUGGGGCAGCUUGAUACGGCGCGCCUCCUCCUUCUCGUUCAUUUCCUGAUCUCUCGCAUAUUUUCCAUUCUGAGGAUCCUUUGAUUUUGCAUUCGUCCAAGGGCCCAUUUUCCACAAGCAACAUGUAUCAAGCGGCACGCAAAGUGUUUUUUUCCGAAGCUCUCUGCUUGAGCGACUCGACUGCAAAGUCCUACGAAGAACUCUUCGCGAAGCUGGACACCAACAAGGAUGGGAUAGUGGAUGUGUCGGAGCUGAAAGCAGGCCUUUCCUCUAUGGGCAUAUCUCUCGGAAAAGGCGCCGCGCAGAAAAUUGUGACAUCUGGAGACUCUGAUGGAAAUGCAGGGCUGGACCUGGACGAGUUUUCCAAGUACCUGAAGGAGCAUGAGAAGAAACUCAAGCUGACCUUCAAGAGUUUAGAUAAGAACAAUGAUGGCCGCAUUGACUACAAGGAGAUCAAACAGUCUCUGUCAGACCUGGGCGUGGGGGUGUCAGAGGAGAUGGCCCAGAAGAUUCUCCAGAGUAUUGACGUUGAUGGCACCAUGACAGUGGACUGGAGUGAAUGGAAAGAGCAUUUCCUCUUUAGUGCUGCAUCAGACUUACAAGAGAUCAUACGCUACUGGAAGCACUCCACGGUGCUGGACAUAGGAGACAGUCUCACCAUCCCGGAUGAGUUCACAGAGGAGGAGAAGACCACGGGUGUGUGGUGGAGACAGCUGGCUGCCGGGGCGAUGGCAGGGGCUGUCUCUCGUACAGGCACAGCACCACUGGAUAGAAUGAAGGUGUUCAUGCAGGUGCACGGCUCUACGUCCAACAAGAUCAGUCUGGUGGGCGGCUUCAAACAGAUGAUUAAGGAGGGGGGCAUGACCUCACUGUGGAGGGGCAACGGGGUCAACGUCCUCAAGAUUGCCCCAGAGACCGCCAUCAAGUUCAUGGCCUAUGAGCAGUAUAAGAAGAUGCUGGGCCAGGAGUCAGGGAAGGUGAAGCCCCAUGAGAGGUUCAUUGCCGGAUCUCUGGCUGGAGCCACCGCCCAGACUGCUAUCUACCCCAUGGAGGUGAUGAAGACUCGUCUGACCCUGAGGAAGACUGGCCAGUACUCAGGGAUGUUUGAUUGUGCCAAGAAGAUCUUGAAGAAGGAGGGUGUGAAGGCCUUCUUCAAGGGCUACAUCCCCAACAUCCUGGGCAUCAUCCCCUAUGCUGGCAUAGACCUGGCUGUCUAUGAGAGUCUAAAGAAUGCCUGGCUCGCCCGCUACGCCAAAGACACGGCAAACCCCGGUAUUCUGGUGCUGCUGGGCUGCGGCACCAUCUCAAGCACAUGCGGUCAGCUGGCCAGUUACCCACUGGCACUCGUCCGCACACGCAUGCAGGCACAGGCAUCCAUAGAGGGCUCGGAGCAGGUGAACAUGACCAAGCUGGUGAAGAAAAUCGUGGAGAAGGAAGGCAUGUUAGGCCUAUACCGCGGAAUCCUGCCCAACUUCAUGAAAGUCAUCCCUGCUGUCAGCAUCAGCUACGUGGUGUACGAGUACAUGAAAUCCGGCCUAGGCAUUUCCAAGUGAAGACACCUCGUGUUUACGCAUGUUUCUAUGUGUGUGUGUGGGUGUGUGGUUGCGCACGCGUUUUGUGUGUAUAAGCAUUUCAAUUCAAGUCAGGUCAUUACCAACCCUGCACGCCUAGCCCAUGACACCAAAGUCAACCUGAGAGUCCACAUUGUUUACUGCACUUUCACUAUUAUAAUCCAAAACUACACUUUUCCAUUCAGACCUGCAUUGCAAAGGGUGCCGUCAAGACAUGUACUUACAGGCUGGGUUGUUGCAAUGGUAUCUUGAGAUUUAAUUUGACCAUAAAAGCACCAAAUGUAUUUACACACUAUUUUUUAUUUCUUAAAUCUAGUUUACACGAACCACAAAACAGUAAUUUCUGGUAAUACCAUAGAAGUUCAUUCCUGAUGAGGUCUCGGUUGGUUUGCAUAGAAAUCAUCACUCAUCCCAGAUACAGAUACAUCAGGGAUACCUGACUAGACCAGUCCUCUUGCGUCCACUGUGUUGUCUUCUAACGAAACAUGAAGACCCUUCAGAUGUGGCUGUAUCGUCUCUAGCUCUAGUGGUUCAUGUAGACACAGAUCAGCUGCAUAUAAGCAUCAACAGCUGAGUGUUUGCUCAGGGAAAACUCUACAUAAAAAUGACACAAAUCAACUAGGAGAUCAUGUAACAUGCAACAUAUGAGGAGAUCUGCUGGAGAAUGACAAUGUCUACUGACACCUUAUUGGAGAUUAUGACAUAGCUGUAAGCAAUAGUCAAAUAGUUUUUCUCUGUGAAGUACCAUAAAGCAUAAAUAUAAUGCAAUUUGUUGUAAUGGUGCUAUAACUCUAUGCACUGUAUUGUGUGUUCAAACUUCUUUUGUAAAAAAAAAAUGGCUGUCAUCAAGUCUUUUUGCAGGGCAUCUCCUCGCUCUGGUAACUAGCCGUACACUCACUCUGAAAGUUCUGUUCUGUUUCAUGUACAUUAUUUGAAGGAUGGUGGCAUUACGGAUAUUUGAAAACACUGAGCCAGCCUUUCUCGGUCAGGUUACUGAAAGUCCACUGUGUGGUACUUCUGUGUGUAUGUGGAUGAAGGAGGUUAACUUGCAGUCGUAAUUUGCAGUUUAUAUACUGUAUUUAACGUAAUGAUUUAUUUUACCAGCACAGGAAUUAGACACAAUAGACUAAUUCACUUUAUUGGUCGGGUAUGCUGGGAUGGAUGUUGAUUAUAGGUAUUAGUUCGUACACUCAAGCCCACACAAUGUUUUUGGUGACCUGACGGGAAAGCAUUGCUCUGAAAGGUUGUUUUGUGUCUUUAAGCAGAGAGGAUAUGGAGAAUGUGCCUUAUCAUGGGAUGUGUUCAGAUCUAUGGUUUCAGUAAUGACCCCGUUUGCCUUUUUUCCAAAGUUUUGUUAAGUUAGCGACACCUGUUUACAUUAAAAGGAUGUAUUUUUAAUAAUG